GUGAAGUGUGUCCCGCUGGCAGCUGCAGGCAUGAGAGGUCCGCGCCCGAGGAUGCAUGGACAUUCGUUUCCAACGCCAGAGAGAGACUAGCCUGAGCUUGCGGCCCGUGUAAUCACAAAAUUUAUCUGAGAGAAGUUCACCCCGACCAGAAUUUGAAUUUGUGAGGGUAAUCUUGUUUUUGUGACAUCUUCCAGCGGAUAAUUUCGCUCGAACUAAUCAUCAUCAUCAUCAGCGGAUAAUUUCGUUCUAUAGGAGCUCGUCGUUCAGGGGGGCGAUUCGUUGCAGGCUUGAUUGCACCGAAAAUUUCGGGCGCGCAGCUGAUAGCCAAAGAUGGUCGUCUUCACACCGACCAGGGGGGAAAAGAUCCAGUUGUACUGGAACGAAAGAACGAAGUACGGCGUGACUUACUCGGUUCUUGAUGUGAUACGCUGCGUUCAUGGCGACGGACGGGGCGAGGACACGCGUGUUCUCCUAGAGAAGUGCGGCAAGAAUGACUACGUCGCCAAUCUGAUCAUCGAUGGUGGCCGCAUGGUCCUUGUGCGACCCGAAAAAGGCGGCGCCGUUUACUCCCGAGACCCCGUCCACGACAUCCGCCGAGAAGUCGGAAGCGAUCGCAGGGCGGAGGAGAAUGAACGGGCACUCCGGCGCGUAGAGGUCAGGCGCCUCAAAGACAAGAUGCGCGGAGGCCGCAACGCGAGCGACGUCGAACAGGAGCUGCCGCAGUUUGAGGGUUUCAUCACCGGCAAGUCCAAGCUGAUUGUCGACGUGCAUGUUUUCAACGAGAACAGCUUACACUUUCCGAAUGCGGCUGCAGCGAGUACCCCAGUAGCAGAUUUGAAGCAGCUCGAAGCCGUGUUGUCGCUCAUCCCACAGCAUGAAUUCGACGGCCGCGAUAUGCCCGAAAUGCACAUCAAGCACAAGCUGGCGAUCUCGAAGCUCUUCGGAAAGGGCCUGCAGAACAAGGAAGUGAAGAAUCUGUUGGACUCGCAACGCUCCUCGACCGAGGAGGCCGGUGGUUCCGCCGGCGGUAGCGGACAGCGGCGGUUUUCUCCGGUAGACGGUGUUGCUUGCGCCGGCAUUCCAGCAGAUUUGCUGGCACGAUUGACCAAACCGGCGAAACUCCGGGAGCUUGUCAACUUUGAGGAAUACCAGUUGUACGCCCAGUUUUCUUGCGAUUGCGGCCUGCGGGAUCGCGAAUCGCAAAGAGACGACCCGCAACCCUUUGAACGAAUGCGGAAAAAAAACUGGAGUUCCAUCAAGGCUUGGGGUAUUUACCUCGACCAGCCCCCGGAUCAGGACCCAAGGGCGCAGAGUGCAAGAACGGGUCUCGCAACCAACUACCGCGAGGAUGACGCGGACCGAGCUCUCUUCGAGCGCUUCGCGAGUUUGCGUCUUGAUGACGGCGAGCGUAGUCGCGGUUUGCAGGUGACGCGCCGCGAUUCGACUGCCACCUUGAACAGCGAUGACACGACCUGCUUCGGCUGCGGUGUCGAUCUGGAGCGCAAAGCCAUGGUCGGUUGCACCUGCGUGUUUUGGGACUACGAGGAGAACCGCGACGCGCGAUUCAACCAGUGGCGCAAUGCCAAGAACGAGAAGCCGAAACAAGCCUGUACCGGUUGCGGAGCAUUCGUCGAAGCGCAUUUUCUCGAGAUGCUGUGGGACCACCAUCCGCACGGUCGGCACAAACCGGAAGGCUGCCCGAAGUGCAUUCGCCUGAAACAGUUUUGUUCCGCCGAUAAGAGGUCGGUUUGCGACAUCUACAAACUGAUUCUGAAGGCGAUUCACCCCGAACUAUCGUGGCGCGAAACCGACUCGGGUGUGAUGAGUGAAUUUUACGUUGAUGCUUCCAAGAAGGACAGCGUGGGUAGGACUUGCGGCGGCGGGGAAGGGUCCGGUGCGGUGUCUGCUUCCCCCCCUGAAAGACUGCGUGUGAUGCUAAAAAUCGAGCCGCAGUUGUUUUUCAUCAGUCAGGCGCAGGCUAAGCAAACGCUGCUCGAAGAAAAGAAGUACCGCAAGUGGUGAUUGACUUUUUGGAUAGGUCAGAAAUGAGUUUUUUUUUCAAAAACACGUCGUGAGCUUUGUUUUUCUUUUUGUACUACUUUACUUUUAGUUCUUCUUCUUGCAGUUUACUUCAUUCCGAUUCCAUGUUCUUAGACAGAGAAUGAGACUACACUAACUCCUCGGUUCAGUUGUACUGGAAAAAGCGUAGUCGGCACCUUCGCGGUCGUCAAUUCCAGAGGACAUCGAAAUUGCAAACAAAUUUUGACGGAUGGCGAAAAAGAUGAUACUAUCGAAAGAAUUACUUUCCAAAGACUAGGAAUGGACCUUAACCGAUCAAUCUCUGUCGCUCUCCGCCCCUUCGGCCCUUACGCAGUAGCAAUACUCUUCGUCUUCGCCGAUCGGUUUCAUGAUCAACA